AUGGGUGACACGCAGCGAUCUUCGGUGUUUAAGGAAUCGUUGGAAGCUUCAAAGAAGGAAUCCCACAAAAAUGAUAAGAAAGCAAGGCAUGAGUUACUGGAGGAGAAGAAUAAUAAUAAUACUUGUUCACCAAGAUCAACUUCCGCUGCAUCAGUAGUCUUUGUAACCCCCGGUCCUACCUUAUUAGUAUUAAAGUCCUGCCUCAGAAGGAAAAAGAAGGGUGAUGAGGAUCCAAAGAAUGAACCUCUUCUUAAGAAGGUCAGAUUUGAUAAUGAAGGGAAGUCUGUCAGGAUCAUUGAGAUUCCUACAAAGAAUGCUGGCCGGAAACCAUCUCGAAAAAAAUCUGUUUCAACAACAACACCCGCCUCCACUGCUGGUCCUUUCACUGAAGAGGAGAUACGGACAGUUAUAGUGCAGAAUGGACCAAUUACCGCAAGGCAGCUUGUCGGCACAUUUAAACUUAGAUUCAAAACUUGA